CCCAUCCAACUCAUUUUUUACUUUCCAGAUUAAGUCACUCUCGUUUCUCACCUAAUAUCUUGUUAUUUUAAUAACACCAAAAAACAAACACUAGUAUUAGUCGGCUCUCAGCCUCCAAUUCGUCAAAUUAAGGAUUACCAAAUACCAACGACAAGAAUUUGAGAUAUCACCUCUCCUCCAUUCUCCUUAUCCAUAUCCUAGCUCUAGCCAAACUCAAGACUCUUUUCUUAGUCUCUUUGCCCUAAAUUAAACAAUCAAAUCUAAUUUAAUUAUUACUUGCAAAGGUAAUUAAUUUCGUAUUCGAUAAUACCGAUUGAUAUACCGAAGUAUCGAUUGGGAUACUGAAAUAUUUAGGGAUUGGGAUACCGAAAUUAUUUAGGGAUUGGGAUUGACUUUAGGGUGUAAUUCGGUAUUCGGGAUUGACUUUUAUGUCAUUUCGCAACUCUUACAUAAAAUACAUAAAGAUUUCAUAAAAUGCUACGAAUAAUAGUUAUUUGGUACGUAACAGUUUAAUACAUGUUGUUAUAGUAGGCUUCUAUGAUGGUUUUGUACCUUAGUUAACAUGGUGUUCUAUAACCUUUACGUAAGAAAAACAGACGUUAAACAAAAAAUUACUCAAUCAUUAUUGUCUUUUUGCUAAUUGAGAUCGACAAUUUCCUUGCUUCAAGAUAUUAUAGGAAUUCUCUACUAAGAUUGUCUAGAUUUGAUUCACUUUAUAAUGACUAUUUCUAAUGCUCCUUAUUGUACAUUUGUACUAAGAAUCAUCGUUGAGUCGGGAUUCAAAAUAAUUAUUCAUAGAAUCCAUUAUAGGAAUCAUGGUCCCGAGAUGACAACCUAUGGCUUAGUUUUCCUUUAUGAACCAUGGAUCUUGAUUUCUCUGGCAAUCCUUAUCUUAGUAGUUUUUCAUAUUAACCUCAAGUCUAAGGGUAAUUUUCGAUCAACAUAGAGAUUACUUAUCACCGAUCAUGUGUAGAACCGAUGAAAUAUUCUCAUAGGAUGGAUGCUUGCUAAUAAGACGAGUGUUAUUUUGAGAACCUUCUUAUGAUCGGGGCAACACAUCAUUCAUCGGUUCAUGGUCGCGAUGUCAAUGACCACUACCAUUCAAUCUUCAAAAAUAUUAUAAAAGUUAAAUGACUUUUCGUGUUGAUUCAACAUCCGAGCUAAUCAGAUGACUUGAUUUAAAGGCAAUCCUAUUGUUUCGAAUAAUUAGAUCGACAUUCUUGAUCUUAAUUCUCAUCUUUGAUCAAAGAUGUUUUCGGGUGUGAACAAAAUUUUAUUAUCAGCCAUAACCACAACCGUUGUCAGCUUCCAACCCAAAAUAGAAUUGCAACGUGUUACCUAUUCUCUCACUGCUCCUCUUUUAUAAGUUCAUAGCUAGAGCUGCAGCAGCCCUUCAACCAAUCACAUUCCAGAAACUGUGCAACUGCACCAGCCAUUCUCCUUUCGAGAAGAAGAAAACACACGCCAGCAACCACUUUCACGGCAGAUUUUACUCUGAACCCGAAUCGAAAACUAUGCUAUACUCGAGCUUUCUUAGAGACAUUGCAGAAGUUGCCAGCCAGCAAGCCCUGCUCCGUUCUUGGCUGCUGAGAAAUGCUGCAGCAGCAGCAACACAUGGAGAUCAGUGCAAAGAAGAAGAACCCACUAAAGGCAAAUUACCGAGCAAGGAAGAUGUUUCAGAAGGAGUGUGCUUCUUCUGAAAAGAUGGUGGAGAGCUUAGAAUCUGCGACUUCAAGUAAGUUUACCGUCUCUCUGUUUCUGUCUCGAUCGGACCCGAAGAACAUCCCCUAGACGAUUCUCUGAUUAUACCCACAUUUUUGAACAGGGAACGACGUCGUUCGGUCACUCCACCUUCCUUUUAUGUACUUUUUUUUUUGGUUUGGUAUAACCAUCCUUGGUUGUUAACUAAUCACGGGACUGCUGGCCCUAAUCCUUAUUCAGCGAGCUCCGAUUCGGUUCCCAUAAUUUCAAUUUCCAAGUUUCGAUCUUUCACUCUAUUCUCAAACCCUAUUUCUCAGGGUUUUGCCUUUCACUGUCUGCAAUUCGGAAUUUAAUCGUCAUUUUUGCUCGGAGAAGGCGGAAUCCUUCUUGGACGACGACGAUUGCUGGAAAAUGCAGUGAGUUAAGCUAUCAUUGUCCUGUAGUCGUCAAUUCAUAUCUGCUCCUGUUGUUAUUGUUUGCAUGAUGGAAUUCUUUAAUUUGAAUUUCGUGGGUGAAAGGUUAAAAUUCUUCUUCUUUUGGUGAUCAAUUGCAGGUUGGCAUUCUUGCAUGCACUGCGGGAAAUCGCCGAAAUUCCAUUGCUACUCUUGUCCGAAGGCUGUUUGUGGGCGCUGCCUCUGUGAUGUCGAGUUCGGCAUUGUGACGGAUAGCAGAGGAUUCUGUGAGCACUGUUUGACCCUCUCUGCACUGAUUGAAGCCACAAAAACUCCACUCCCUGGCCAGGUCUUAAGCUUUUGCCUGGUUUAGUUAUGACCUGGUUCUGGUGUGAUUUUAGUUUGGUGGGUCUUUCUUGGUUUCUUAAUUAUGCUUCUUUGUUAUAGGAGGUGGACAUUGAUGCGGAGGAUUCUUACGAGUACAUCUUUAAGAACUACUGGGAGGGGCAGAUUAAGGUAACAGAAGGCGAGCGGAACUCCUGAUAUCUGCAGAAAAACGACUGAAAAAGGAGAUAUUGAACCGUGAUUUUGAAUUGGAACCCAUUUGUGGUGCUAAAGAAGGUUCAAGUGGGUCCAGUACUCCAGUGGUUCAAGCUGGGAUGAGUAGGACCAUGGUGAUGUGAGUUCUGGUAAACAAAGUAAAGCAAGGCGUAGGGGUAAGGUUAGUGAGGGAAAGCAUCCUGUCAAGAUGAAAAGAUUUAUGUCGAAGAAAAGGGAAUUCAGUGGAUGGGGCUCAAAGGUGCUUGUUGAAUUCCUUGCCUCCAUAGGUAAAGACACUUCUCAGCAACUGUCUCAGCACGAGGUUGCUGAAAUCAUCAAGAGGUACGCAGCUGAGAACAACCUAUUCGAUCCGGAGAAAAAGAAGAAAAUUGUCUGCGAUGCGAAACUCUUCAUGUUUUUCGGGAGGAAAUCUGUCAACAAAAACAGAAUACUUGGCCAUCUGACUAAGCAUUUUGCUGAUAACCAAUCGGAUGACGAUUUGGACUUAGCAGAAGAAGAUUGGUUUGUGGCUGAUGAUGAGGAUGAUGUUCAAGUGACCAAUAAGAAACCAAGAACCUCCGAAGCUGUCUGCCGGGACAAGGUAGCAGCAGUUCCUAUUGUGAGGAGGAGCUGCUUUGCAUCAGUGACUACCGAGAACAUGAAGCUUUUGUUCUUGAAGAGACGUGUAGUGGAGGAGCUGUCGAAGGAUUCUGAAAAUUUCGAUGCAAAGAUUAUAGGAAGCUUUGUGAGAGUCAAAGCUAAUCCUUAUGACUACACACAGAAGAACUCGCAUCUCCUUGUACAAGUGGGAGGUGUAAGGAGACAAAUUGAGGAAUCAACAGGCUCUAUUCUUCUGCAACUUUCUGAUAUGAUGGGAGAGAUGCCAAUAUGCAAGCUUAGUGAUGACAACUUUACCGAGGAAGAGUGUGAGGACCUGCGUCAGCGUGUGAAGAAUGGCUUGCUCAAGCGGCCUGUCAUUGUGGAGUUUGAGGAGAAGGCCAGAGCUCUCCAUGAAGCUAUUACAAACGAUUGGAUUCAGCGAGAAUUGGUCAUACUAAAACGCCUUCGUGACCAAGCUAGUUUAAAGGGAUGGAGAAGAGAGCUUGCCGAGUACAUAGAAAGAUUGGUCAAACUUCAGACGCCUGAAGAGAAAUCUCGGUUGUUACAAGAGAUUCCAGAGGUUGUUGCCGAUGAAGAAGAGGUGGAACCUGCAUCUGAAGAAAUUUUUAAGGAUGAACAUGAAGUUGUCACAGGCCCAGAAAUAGCUCUGAGGUUUUCGAGAGGGAGUAGGAUUAUUUGGUGUCCAACCGACCCAGCAGAUAUUGCAGGACAUGGAAUUGAUGAUAGCUGUCCUUCUGGACUUACUAGAUGUGCAAGGUUGUCUGACAAAGAAGACGAAGGCAGAGAAGAGAAGAGCAGAAAGACCAAAACUGAUCAUCAAGGAGAUGAAGUUGGUGAUAUAAAUCCUUCUGGACUCUCUACAUGUCUCUGGUCUGACAAAGAGAACAAAAGCCGAGAAGAAAAGAGCAAUACCACCAAAGCAGAAGGAGAGGAAGUUGGUGAUCACUGUCCACCUGGACUAGCUAGGUCUUUCCGAUCUGACAAAGAAGGGAAAAACAGAGAAGAUAACAAGACCAUAAACACUAAAACCGAUUGUCAAGCUGAACUGCAUCAACAGUCUGGUGGAGCUGCCUUUAAAACAAGAUACGAGGGGAUGCUUGAAAUACAGAAUCAAGAAGCAGCAAAGAAGGAAGGGCUUCAUCAGGAAGCUAUGCACAAGAAUAAUGUAUACCAUGAACUACUUUCAUCCAGCGUAGAAAUCGUCCAUUUGAGCGAACCUGACGAUGCUAUUUCAGCUAGCAACCCGGACCAGUGGGAAUCAUCUAAACAACCUAAUAAGCAUCUUGACCAGGGGAAGAAACAGCAGCAGCAUUGUGCAGCAGCAGCAGCAGCUAAUGUGGUAUUAAUAGAUCUAAGCGAUGAUGAUGAGGAUGUUGACGGUGAUGGUAAACAGCAGAGUACAAAUCCUAUGGUCAGCAGUAAACAAAAGAUUGAUGUAAAUGCUCGAGUAUGGAACUGCAUGAAUCCAAAUGGGGCGAAACUAGAAGGACCAUACUCGAUGUUCAUGUUGAAGCAAUGGAAGGAUACCAGCACUGGUCCCUAUGUGGCUCAGUUCAGAGUCUGGAGGGAAGGCCAAAGCAGAGAAGAAGCUAUCCUUUUGGGUGAUGCUAUUAGUCAAGCUUAUGGUCCAAAUUUGUGAAAUCCAAACAAUCUGGAAAAAUGAUAUUCCAUCCCCAAAGCUGAUGAGCCAACUCCUUGGAUGAAGAACGACAUUGGUAACAUCUCUAAGAUAUUGAAGUUUAGGGGUUAGGAAAUCCCCAGAUCGACCAGUCUUAAGUUUCUCGUUUGAUGUUAAUUCUGGGCCUUUUGACAGUAACCUUAAGAGCACCAGACUAGAUCAGAUGUUACCAGACUAGAUCAAAUGUUACCAUUUGUAAAGCGAUGCUCCGUUAAUAAUGGGCAGUGGCUGAA